UCGCAGCUUUGAGUUUUUACCACGUACUUACCUUUCCAUAUAUAAGUAACAAACACAAAGGCGUCUUGAUAUGAUUGAGACACCUAUGAUAAAACAUUAAUUAGCCCUAAGGCUAUCUGUUGGAUCCUGACUUCUCCUUUUUUAACAAAGAAGGAGAAGAGGUGAGUGACUCGCUAAUUUGUCAGGAUUCAGCAGGAGAAAUUACAAGAAUGUUGAGAAACCGUAGGCAAAAUGGGGGGUCAUCAGGAGGAUCUCCAAGAUACACAUCUUCUCCAACUAGUAGUCCAACAGGUUCUCCAAGAAUAAUAGUAACUCGAAACUGCAUAGGUGGUUCCCCUAGAAGUGAGGUGGGAGAGAUUGACACAAGAUCACCUUUUCAAUCCGUCAGAGCUGCUGUUACUUUGUUCGGCGAAAGUACCGGUCCUGCUACUGGUACAGGUUCUUCCUCCCCCAAGUCUAAGCCUAUCACCUUUAAGAAAUCUAAAACUGCUGAAGAGAGGGUGCAGGAGAAGGAGAGUCAGCUUAACUUGGCCCUCAGAGAACUUGACAGCUUCAAACAACAGAUAAGAAGCACUGAAACUACAAAAGGCCAUGUUCUCCGUGAGCUCCAUAAUGCCAAGACUACUUUGCAGGAACUCACAAGCCAGCUCGAAAAAUUAUGCAAAUCAAAGCAAGCAGCCAUUGAGGAAACCCAAGCUGCAAAUGCACGAGCCAUACAACUAGAGCUCCCUAAUUUGAGUGAGCAUGAAAAGCUGCUUAAUAUUACAGAUAAAGAAGCAGCAAAGAAAUUCAGGGAUCUCAAACAAGACUCUCAUUUGCUGGAGGAAACUAAUAAGGCGAUUCAAGUCUUACAAGAACAACUCAACAAUGUACGUGCCUCGGAUUUGGAUUCUUUUACCAAAGCAAGUUCGGAGCUUCAUCUUACUAAAAACACAUUUCAAGAUAUAGUCGCAGAAGAAAGGUCGUUAAGAAGCCUGGUGGAUUCCCUUCAAGCAGAAUUAGAAAGCUUGAAGGGCCAUAACUCUCAACUUAAGAAAAAGGCAGAUGAAGCAGAAGCCUUUGCUGAGAACUUGCGGUUACAUCUUGAUCACAGCAAGAAAGAGCUCGAAGCAAAAAGGUCAAACGGAGAUGAUUCUGCUAAUUCACGAAUCCAACAGCUUACUUCUGAGGCUGUUCAGUUUCUACAGGAGGCAGAGAAGAUGAAGAAGAACGUCGAAAUACUCAGACAAGAAGCUGUCACAGCUCGAGCUGCAGCUACGGAAGCGGAGGAAAAACUGAAACUUGCACUAAGAGAGGCUGAAGAGGUGAAAGCUGCAGAGACUCUCGCAAGUGAUCAGAUUCACAAGAUGGCCGCUUCUGAUGUGACAAACUCAGAGUCUAAUGGAAAGAUCAAAUUGGCAGUUGAGAAAUAUGAAGCUUUCAGCAAAAAAGUCCAAGAAAUCAGAAAUGAGGCUGACACAAAAGUUGCCACUGCCAUGGCUCAAGUGGAAACCAUUGCUGCCAAUGAGAAGGAAGUUCUCAUGAAAGUGGAGGCAGGUCUGAAAGAGAAGCGGGAUAUGGAAGUUGCAAUAAAGGAAGCUUUAAAGGCGGCAGAGAUGGCUGAGGCAGCCAAAAAAGUCAUUGAGGGACAACUGCGGAAAAAAGCAUCAAAAGCAGCAAGAACACGAAGCUGGAGAAUAUUCUAAUAGCAAGGAAGAAAAAGAGUUUUGUGAUCAUCCACGCACCCAAAAAGCAAACUUCCUACUACUCUCCCAUAUGGGAAAUUUGUUUUGUUUAUGCUGCAUUUCUGCUACUUUCACCAAUUUGUGUGCACUGAAACGUGCAGAUACUAUGUAUAAAAAUGUCUUUAAAAGC